CCCCAAAACAGUGAUACGGAAUCACUGAUAACUGAUAAACAUUGUUACCGUGAUCAUAUCAAUUCAUCAUCAUCCGCAUCAUUCUCACCCAUGGCUGCCUCAUCCACAAUCAACAACUUCUUCUCUUUCUUCUUACCCACAAAACCACCACCACCCUCUCCACCGCAGUUCAACCCCACCACCACCACCACCACUCCUAUGAACCCUUCUUCUCAGACCCACAAACCCUCCUCGCAGCCCCUAAUUGCCCAAUACAACCCUCCUCCUCCUUCCCCUUCUUCCUGUUCUUCUUCUUCUGAAUUGUCCUCUGUUAUAUGCCCCUCCAUGGCGUACUCCAACACGCUCUUCUUCCAGUCGCCGUACAACGUGCAGGUGGUGGUGGCCGAGGACGAAACCGAGGAGAAGCUCCUGGGAAGGUUCCGCAGAGAGGUGACCAAGGCCGGCGUCGUUCAGGAGUGUAGGAGGAGACGCUACUUCGAGAACAAACAUGAAGAGAAAAAACGCAAGUCGCGCGAGGCUGCCAGACGUAACCGCAAAAGGCUGCCAAUGUCAAAAACUGUAGGACAGAAAAAGCAGGACGUCCCAGCAACCAAGAGAGAAGACGAUGAGGAUAACUGGGAUCUACCUGAAGGAGACACUCUGUAUUAACCCUUUGAUUCCCUAAGUUCUGUAGGUUUCUUUGAUUUCAUUGCAUAUAAGUUUUGUUAAGUAAACUAUGUUCCUUGCUUCGUGCAUUUUCAACUGUGAUGAAUUUAAUAUAAUAUAAUUUGCUUGUUUGUACAUCCA